AUGGCAAAAGGUUUGGUCAGAACAGCUUCUUUGUGGUUCAUGGAACAACCCACCCAGGAGAGAAGCCAUACGAGUGCUCCCAAUGUGAAUACUUUAGUGAGCAUGGCAACAUGGACUCGCACAGGAGAGAAACCCUUUGAAUGCCCUAUCUGUGGGAAAGGUUUCAGAAUGAAUUGCCACCUUGUGAGACACCAAAGGACUCACCCAGGAGAGAAACCCUUUGAAUGUCCUAUUUGUGGGAAAAGUUUCAGUNUGAAUUCCAGCCUGCUAGCACACCAGAGGACUCACACAGGAGAGAAACCCUUUCAGUGCCCUGAUUGUGGGGAAAGUUUCAGUCGGAAUUAUAAGCUGGUGACACACCAGAGGACUCACACAGGAGAGAAACCCUUUCAGUGCCCUGAUUGUGGGGAAAGUUUCAGUCGGAAUUAUAAGCUGGUGACACACCAGAGGACUCAUAAAGGAGAGAAACAGUUUGAAUGUCUAGAUUGUGGGAAACGUUUCAGUGAGAAUUAUGAGCUGGUGAUACACCAGAGGGGACACACAAGAGAGAAACCCUUUGAAUGUCCUGAUUGUGGUAAAGGUUUCAGUAAGAAUUCCAACCUGGUGAUACACCGGAGAAGUCACACAGGAGAGAAACCAUUUGAAUGUCCUGAUUGUGGGAAAAGUUUCAGUCAUAAUUCCAGCCUGGCGACACACCAGAGGAUUCAUACAGAAGAGAAACCAUUUGAAUGUUCUGAUUGUGGGAAAAGUUUCAGUAACAAUUCCAAUCUGGUGACACACCGGAAGACUCACACAGGAGAGAAACAUUUUGAAUGUCCUGAUUGUGGGAAACGUUUCAGUAACAAUUCCAGCCUGGUGACACACCAGAAGACUCACUCCGGGGAAAAACCAUAUCAGUGUCCAGAUUGUGAGAAAAGUUUCCUUUGGAAUUCUGAGCUAGUGAGACAUCAGAGGACUCACACAGGAGAGAAACCCUUUGAAUGUCCUGAUUGUGGGAAAAGUUUCAGUCACAAUUGCAGCCUGGUGAUACACCAGAGGACUCAUACAGGAGAGAAACCCUUCGUGUGUCCUGAUUGUGGGAAAAGAUUCAGUCAGCAAUCUAAUCUGGUUAGACACCAUAGGACUCACACAGGAGAGAAACUGUAUGAGUGUCCAGACUGUGGGAAAGAUUUCAGUACUAGGUUUAACCUUCUGAAUCAUGUGCUUAUACACACAGGGGAGAAACCAUUUAAGUGCCCCAAGUGUGGAUGGUGCUUCAGGAAACAUUCCACCCUUAUUGCACACAAGAAAAUCCACAUGGAUUUUCCAAAGUGAUGUGUGAUGACCUAAAGUGAUGAAUGUAGUAGAGGCUUGGAUUUUAAGUCCAGCUGAGAAAUUGAUUCUUUAAUUUGACUACAAAGAAUUUGCUUGAUUGUUUUUCUCAUCAAAUAUGUCAUAGUAUUAAAUGGGGAGGAGGAAAGAAAAAAAAUGGAACAUGUUAGUUUGAUAAUGGCUAUCUGGCUGGCCAUCAGCAGCAGAAGUCUCUGGUUAUUUAUUUCUGCAGAUAUUGUGCAAUUCUGCAAAAAUAGUUUUAGGAGAGUUCUUUGCAUUUUGAUCAGAAUAAAUGAUAGAAAUGCCACAUGCAGAAUCCCAGCCUUCUCCCUGGGUAUCCUCAAGAUUUUCCACCCCAGAAUUUACCAGGCAGUAUCUCUUCAGGAUAAGAGCACUCAAGCUAUAGUUAGAGAUUGCAGCUCCGGGAGGAGUAGAAGGAAAGAUAGGAAGGUGAGGAGAAAGGAGA